ACCCUGGGAUCGUUUGUAUUUCAGAGAAGAUUUUAGAGGCCUUAAUUUUCAACAUUUCACUCUUUUGAUAUAGCUAUGUUGGGAAAACAAGCAUGGAAUCUAACUGUUAAACCAUAUACUCUUGUUAGUCAUAUUCUCAAAGCUAAAUAUUUCCCAAGGGGAGAUUUUAUUUCAGCUCAAUUGGGUAGUAACCCAAGCUCAGUUUGGUGUGCAAAGCCAGUGCUUGAAUAUGGGUGUAGAUGGAGAGUGGGGGUUGGGUCGUCGAUUAGUGUGUGGCAGGAUCUAUGGAUUUUGAAUGACAAUCUAUUCUUAUUUAGGACGAGAGUGAAGCGGGUUUUAGAAGGAAUUAAAGUUAGAGAUUUUCUAAUUCCUGGAACGAAUGAGUGGGAUGUUGAAAUGAUACAUGAAAUCUUUGAAGAGGUCGAUGUGGGAGACAUUUUGAAGUUGCCAGCAGAUUUACAAGGACAAGAAGAUAAGCUUAUAUGGAGUUAUGAUACACGAGGGUUGUACCCGGUGAAAACAGGUUACCAGGUUUAUACUAAUCAUGUUCUUUAUGUUGAUCAACAAUUCGAUGUCUUGCCUUGGACUCGGGUUUGGAAACUUGAUAUCUCCCUGAAACCUUCAUCGCUUCAAACUGUAAAUGGUUGUUUGAGUUUGCUGUUGCAAUUUAAGGAAGCUAGGAAGAGUGGUUAUACUAGUUUUCAUGAGACUUCCAAUUCUGGAACGAUGCAUUGGACCAGACCUGCUGUUGAUGUUUUCAAGAUCAACCUUGAUGCUGCAAUAGAUUUGAGCUCAAGCACUGUUGGAUUUGAAUGGGUUUUACGUGAUCAUGAAGGAGUAGCUAUGGCUGGUGUGACGAUGCAGGUGGCUAGCAAGUGGGAGGCUCGACUUACAGAGGCUUGGUGAAAAAAAGGAUCUAGGCAAUAUUUUGAUUGAGACAGACUCAAAACUUGUUGCUGACAGCUUCAAUGGUUAUGCAGUUGAUGUUUCAGAGUUUGAUGUUUCAAUUCAGCAGUGCAGAAAUCUUGCUUCUCGUAUUUCUAUUAGUAUUGAAUUUGUAAAGCGACAAGUAAAUGCAGUCGCUCAUGCUUUGGCAAAAUCGGCUCAUUUUGGUGCUUGUUGCAAUGAGUGGCAUGAGGCUCCUUUACUCAUAAGGGACCUUUUGCAAACUAAUGUUAAUGUUUCUGCUUAAUGAAAUUCUAUUUUGAUUUUAAAAAAA